AUGACCAAAACCCAGGGAGACUGUUUUAUGGUUGCGAUCGAUACCAGUGAAAUAACUGGUUGGCCAAAAAGGUCUCUAAUCGAAGCACUAAAUGAAAUCCAAAUGAAAAACCUAGAGAUUAAACAGCUAAAGAAUAACAUAACAAUUUUAAGUUCCGAGCUAGCGAAGCAACUUCUUGCUGAAACUCAUCCGAAGCAGGAGGAGGAGGGACCUGUUGCUGCCCAUGUUUUCAAUUGGACAGAUUUCAUCUUUAGAUGCUUUAGGUCGAAUUAG